AUGGCACAACCAGCGUCAUUAAUCCACGAGCCCCCAGGCACCGGAACCAUCAAGCCGAUGCAGAUUCUCUCCCUCGGCAUGACGAGAACAGGCUCCUCCUCUAUAGCGCAAGCUCUCACCAUCCUGGGGUACAACAACAUACACCACGGCGUCAAGGACGUCGGCAACGCAAGCGACUGGCCGGUCCUGUCGCGGGCGGCCGACUCCUUCUUCCCAAGCCUGCCGACCUACACGGGCGCGCCAUUCACCCGCGCCGACUGGGACCAGGUGUUCGGCAAGUACGAGGGCGCGACCGACAUCGCGUCCUUCUUCGCCCUUCCCCUGAUGGAGGCCUACCCGGAGGCCAAGGUCAUCCUCGUCGAGCGGGACGUCGACUCGUGGUACGCCAGCAUGGAGGAGGCCAUCUGGAGCACGACGUGGGGAUGGCGCGCCUUCCUGAUCAUGGACGUGAUCGGGCGGCUCAAGGGCUUGCAGGGCGGGCUGACGAUCCGCAAGAUCAUGUUGGGGUACUACGAGGCCGCGAGCGUGGGGGGGAUCAGACGCAAGGCGAGGGAGCGUUAUCACAGGCAUUACGCGGAGGUCAGGGCUGCCGCGCCAGAGGGCCGCCUGCUGGAGUAUAAGGUCGAGGAUGGCUGGGGCCCGCUGUGCGAGUUCCUGGGCAAGUCAGUGCCAGAGGUGCCAUUCCCGCAUGCGAACAAGAGGAAGGAUCAUGUGGCCCGUGUUGCAGCGCGACAGAACAUGUUCUUGAAGAUGGUCGCUCUGGGCAUGUUGAAGAAGCUGUUACCAGGCGUGGUCCUGACCGUGGCGGCAGGGUUGGGUUAUUGGGCUGGGAGGGAUAAGGGGUAUGAUCUCUCUGCCAUUGUAAUAUGGUGGAAGAAAUGGUCUUCCAGGUUAUAA